UCUUUAAAACUUUUUUUCUUCUCUCUCUUUUUUUUUGCGUUAUUACUAUUAUGAGUCAGUUUCUUCUUAGGAAUCUAGCAUUUGGAGUAUCCAUCAGAAGGUUUUAUUCAAGCAAAACUUUGAUUCAGUUGGAAAACGCGCAGGUGCAUCGGUUUGGUGUAAAAGAACCUGCUUUCAAAAAUCUCUCCUUAACUAUCAAGGAUAAUGAACGCCUUGUCAUUGUGGGCCCCGUGAGUGCCGGCAAAACAACUUUAGCUGAAACAAUCGCCGGUCGACAUUCUAUUCAACCUUUGUCCGCUGGUAAAUGGCCAAUUAUUGAUCCAUCUGUGUCACCUUAUGCAUCUGAUCAUGUUCACCUUGUCGAUUUCAAAGAAAAUGCAUCAUUUUCUUACAGUAACCAUUACUACCAGGAAAGAUUUAAUUUCAGCGAUCCCGACAAUGACUUGACUUUGCAUGAUUAUCUUGGAGAGUAUGACCCAGAGAAAGUGAAAGAAGUAGCUAAGCAGCUAAAUAUUGAGCAUUUAUUACCCCUCUCUUUUGUCAAAUUGUCAAAUGGUCAAACUCGACGUGCACGUAUUGCAAGAGCAUUGCUCAAAAGUCCUUCCAUGCUUGUUUUGGAUGAACCCCUAAUGGGGUUGGAUGUGGAACACCGCCAACAUUUGCUCCAAGUAUUAGGUAAUCUGACUGAAAGGUCAUCUGUUCCUGUCGUUUUGGUAUUAAGACCUCAAGAUGAAUUCCCUUCUUGGGCCACUGAGGUCAUUGAACUCAAAGACAUGACUAUCCAUUGGCAAGGGAAACCAGAAGAUUACCAAGAAAGAAUAGAAGCCAUGCAACAGCAAAAGCGUCAACGCAUUCGUCCACCAUUAGUGGAUACAAGUCAAAACAAACCUAUUGUUGAAAUGAAAAAUGUCAAGGUGACUUAUAGUGGUAAUCCCAUCCUUCGUGAUAUUACCUGGACUGUUCGUCAGGGUGAACGUUGGGCUUUGUUGGGGCCUAAUGGGUCGGGAAAGACAACGCUUUUGUCCUUCUUAACAGGCGAUCAUCCACAAGCUUAUGCCAAUGAGCUGUCUUUGUUUGGUCGUCGUCGUGGUACAGGCGAAUCCAUCUGGGAAAUCAAGGAAAGAGUAGGAUUGGUGAGUCCUGAAAUUCAUUUGUAUUUCAACCAGCAGUUGACUGCUCUGGAAGCAGCUGGCACAGGCUUUUUUGAUGUGGUUGUUCCCCGUCCAAUAAACGAGACACAGACGGCAACAAUCAAGCAAUUGUUUCAUGAGUUUGGAAUAGAGACCAUGUUGGAUCGUAAGUUACGGGAUAUGUCUACCGGUGAACAGCGUAUGGUUUUGCUUGUUCGUUCUUUGGUAAAAAUGCCUGACUUGAUCAUUUGGGAUGAGCCUUUUCAAUCUUUGGAUAACAAAAUGAUUCAAAAUGUCAAUGAAUGGCUAGAGAAGCAUAUGAGACCUGAUCAAACACUAAUCAUGGUCACUCACCAUGAAGACGAAAUACCUCUUGCUGUUACAAAACGAUUCAAGCUUGGUCCUGGUGGUGUCCAAGUCAAUUAAGCUUGUAACGUUUAUGCCGUUCUUUCAAUUGUUCCAACACAAUAAAUGUCACGAUUGUAUGUGGGCCUAGUCUUACAAAAGCAGGCAUCCAGCCACGGAAAAGAGACCCAACGCCUUCUGUCUUUAUCAUAUGAACCAUGAUUCGAAUUGGAUGUUUUCCAUCAUGUAUAUGUGCACUCAUGAUACGUGUCUUAACAACAUCUAAAGGGGAGCAGACAGUAGUUGCUACAAGGCC